CAGUUCAGGUUGUUCUGCUGCCGGUCUAUCGGUGGAAACUCUGCAGUUUUGGUUCUGAGCAGCAGGAUGUCAGAGAUUUUUCCCGGGUCCCGUCUGACCUUCCUGCUCAUCUGGCUCCUGGUCCUUCAGUCCACAGCUUUCCCUCAGCCUCGUCUUCCUCUCAGAAAUCCUGAAAAUCCGCAGGAAGCGAAGCGGGACGACUGGGAUCUUCUGUUCCCGUCCAUCUCCCUCCAUGACUGGAACAUCCAGAUGCUGUCGGCACCAGCGGACAGCAAGGCCGGUCUGAUGGGGGACGCCUGGCUGUUCGCACCGGAGCGUCCGGAGGCCAGCGUCUGGCCGGCGCAGUGGGCGUCAGAAGGGAUGGUGAAGAGGAACAUGGUGGUGGCGGACGACGCCGCCUUCAGGGAGAAGAGCAAACUCCUCACCUCCAUGGAGAGACAGAAGUGGCUCAACUCCUACAUGCAAAAGCUGCUGGUGGUGAACUCCUGAUGUCACCUGGGGCCACACCUGGGGCCGUUUGUUGAGUGUUGUAGACGGUGCUUGUUGGUGUGGAGGAGGAGAUGACGCCAAUAAAGACUGCAAAUGUUCUGAUGAAA